GCAACGCUCCGUUCUGCACGUACACGUCAAAGUGAGCCCACGUCACUGCUGUGUUGGCCUGCAGGGGAAGCUGUUCAGUCGCUUCGCUUCGUGCAAAUUUUGCAGCACUUCUCAAUAUAAAUAAAUUCCAACGGACAGCAAGCUGCGCGGAACAGCACCUCCGUCUAUUGGCGCAGGUCUCGGGAGUCGACGUGACGCAGCCCGGGCGCCAAUCGGCGAGUGGGGCGCUGACACAUGACAGCUUCAUCUCUCCCGCCACUCGCCGGUCGUCUUCCUCCUUCCUCCUUUCUCAUCACGACGACCGAGCUCGGCUCCGCAGUGCAGGGUCUGCGGCGUUGUAUGGAAGCAGAGUCCGCGCGCCCUACCGUGGUCAUGCUGCCCCCCAAGACCUGCCUGCCCAGGAACUACAGCUGCAUCGCCGGGCUCUUCGGCAGCCUGGCGGCGGCCAACACUCGCCUGGAGGAUGGCGAGGAGAUGGACAUCAUGGACGGCACCUGCGAGCCCGUCGAGAGCCCCGUGGUGGACGAGCGACCGCGCGGCCGGGAGACCUUCCUGAAGCCCCCGCAGAGUCCCAGCCUGCGCCGGAGAUGCAAGUCUCUCCCGACUUCCACGGAGAGGGCCAAGCUGGAGAUCUCCCGCAGCAGAAGUCCGACAAGUCAGAAAAAGGUUCGCUUCGCCGACUCUUUAGGGCUGGAGCUCAUCUCCGUCAAACACUUCGACGACUCGGACGAGCCGGAAGUCCCCGAGCGUAUUUUGGCCAAGUUCCCCAAACACACGGACUUCAACCACAUGGCCACUAAGUUCCCCCGAGCUCCUCCGCAGUCCGUCUUCAUGGAGCUGCAGUUCACCAACCCGGCGGCGCGUCCCGGCUUCGAGCAGAGGGUCCGUGAGGUGAAAGUCCUGCUGGAGAGAGUGGAGACGGACGAGUUCAGUCUCUCCGGCUUCGUGCGCGUCCUGAACAUGGCCUUCGAGAAGAGCGUCUCUUUGCGGUACUCCCUCAACAACUGGCUCACCUGCAUGGACUCCUUGGCUUCUUACGUGCCCGAGUCCAGCGACGGCGCCACGGAUAAGUUCUCUUUCAAGGUGGUCAUGCCCACCUACAUGGAGAACGGAGGCAUGCUGCAGUUCGCCAUUAAAUACAAGGUCGACGGCCAGGAGUUUUGGGAUAACAACAACGGGAAUAACUACAAAGUGCGGCGUCACCGCUUCAAAAUGUCCCCGCCGAAGGAAUGGGAGAACGGAUGGAUCCACUUUAUAUAAGAACUCUUAUCACAAUUAACGUCCCUCCCGGGUAUAUUUUUAAUCGUGACUAAAGUGUACUUGACCGUUUCAGUACUGUCAGAUAUUUGGAAAGAAAUACAUACAAUUGAAUAACAUGACCCUGCAUUUGAUGUUAGGGCAGUGGUUCUUAACCUGGGUUCGAUCGAACACUAGGGGUUCGGUGAGUCGCCCUCGGGGUUUGGCGGAGGUCAAAACCAGGGGCGCCGCUAGGGAUUUUGGGCCCCAUGGAAAGAAUCUUUACAGGGCUCUGUCACGGCAAAUUUCUUCCCCCCUACAAAAACCUUCCCUCCCAUUUACUUCCGGGGUCAUGAUUAAUACAGACGUUUUGUUAACGCUAUAUUAUAAAAAUAUAAAACUAUAUUAUAAAAAAUACAGACGUUUUGUUAACGCUAUAUUAUAAAAAAAUAAAUUAAAAAAAACAAUUUACAAGCACAAGCUAUGGGAUGACCCAUUUACUUCUGGGGUCACGUUUCCUCUUACGUCAUCCCAUAACUUGUGUUUGUAGCUUUAAAAAAAAAAAAAAAAAAAUUAUGAUAUAGCGUGAUCAAAACGUCUGUAUUUCUAUAAUAUAGCAUUACAUUUUUAUAAUAUAGCGUUAACAAAAUGUCUGUAUCAAUCAUGAUCCCGGAAGUAAAUGGGCGGGGUUGGGUUUGUAGGGGGAAGAAAUUUGGCGUGACCUAACACAUAAUUUCAUCAUUAGGGGCCUCUCUGGGCCCUCCUCCAUCAUGGGCCCCUAGAAUCCGUCUCCUUUACCCCCCCUUUUCGGCGCCCCUGGUCAAAACACACCCGACUUAUCGUGUAAAGACAAACUUCUCCCUAUCAGCUGGCUGAUUUGCAGGUGUGUGAUUUGUUGUGGGUUUAUGCACUGUGUUGGUUUUGUUUUUUGAACAAGGUGAUGUUCAUGCACAGUUCAUUUUGUGCACCAGUAAAAAAAAAAAACAUGGUAACACUUUAGUAUGAACAUAUUUACCAUUAAUUAAUUAGUUAUUAACAUGCAAAUUAGUAACAUGUUGGCUCUUAACUAGUGAUUAUUAAGUACUUGUUAAUGCCUUAUUGUGCAUGGCCUUAGAACUCUAACCCUAACCAAAUAACUGUAAAUUAAGUCUUUAUUACCUAGAAUAUGUUCCACUAGUGUCCAAAUAACACUAAAUUAAGUCUUUGUUACUUAGAAUAUGUUCCCCAUACUAAAGUGUUACCAAAAACAUACUACUUUGUCUUGAAUCUGAAAAAAAAAGAAUACAUUUUUCACUAAAGAAGGGUCCGGUGAAUGCGUAUAUGAAACUGGUGGGGGUUGGUACCUCCAACAAGGUUAAGAACCACUGUGUUAGGGGUUUCAUCCAGCUCGGUGCCCUUUUGCGGGCAUGGCCACCUUACGUAACCCGCAGACACGUGCGGGGGGGAAACGUGCUCUUUGCUGGAGAUGCUGCAACUUUAAUCAAGUUGCUGGUUUGUGCAGCAUCAUAAAUUGGCAGUCAUUGGAGAUGUGAUGCAAAUAUGCUUGCAUAUGAUAGAGGUGCUUUAUGAAGAGGUUUAUCUCUUACACAUUAUCUUCCAAAAGUUUCUGGUCAUUAUGCCUAUUAUCUAGAGCACAGGUGUCAAACUCAAGGCCGGGGCCAAAUCUGGCCCACCGCGUUAUUUUAUGCGGCCCGCGAAAUAAAUAUGCGUUAAUAAAAUGCUUAAUCUUUUCUUACUAAAUAUAUUUGCUCUUUCCCUUUUGUCAUUAAAAAUCAUGUACUGCAUGCAAUUGCAUAUGUGUUAAAAUUCAAUAUUAUCAAAAUAUUAUAUUAUCAUGUAUUCCCCAAAAAAUGUUUUUGUUAAAAUAAAGAUUAAUACUAUACUUAAAUAUCUGCCUGACUUACGAUUUCUAAACAAAAUAUCAAUCAAAUUGUAGACUAUAAAAUUGACAUCAGAUUUUAUAGUUAAAUUACGCCGACGGGGUUUUUUUUAAUUGUAAAAUCAACUUUAGUUAAGUUUUUUUUUCCAUAUACAGUAAGACACUAAAAAAAACAUUAAAAAAAUAUUUUACGGUACACCCUGGACAAGUCGCCACCGCCUAAAAUAGUGGUAUUGUUUUUCCAUUCCAUCCAUCCAUUCAUCCAUUUUCUACCGCUUGUCCCGUUUGGGGUCGUGGGGGAUCACUGGAGCCUAUCUCAGCGCAAUUCCGGCGGAAGGCGGGGUACACCCUGGCCAAGGGUUUCUCCAUUCCAUUUAUUAUUAUUUUUUUAUCCAUCCAUCCAUUUUUUAUCACUUAUUCCCUUUGGGGUUAUAUGCUGUAAAAAAAAAAACUGCUUUUACUGUAACAUUCUGGUGACUAAGCUGUCAGUUUUUAAAGUAAAAUUGUAUUUUUUUUUGCAGUUUAUGUAAAAAAAUAUAUUGUUAAUGUAUCAUAUAUAUACAUGUACAUUCAUAUAUUACUCAUUGUUAAAAGCGUCCCUCUGAGGGCAACCAUAACUGCGACGUGGCCCUCAAUGAAAAAGAGUUUGACACCCCUGAUCUAGAGUAUUAUUUCAUGCCAUUGAAAUGCCUUAUGCAUGUGAUGGGAAGCAUAGUAGGAAACAUAAUUAUUUUGAUCUUCGUUACUAAAAGCGUUUGUUUUGUCCACAUCACUGCAUUUUGGCAAUUUCAUUGUAUCUAUAACACUGUGACACAAUGUGCAGUAGGUUUGAUAUUUUUUUCUGUAUCAUCCCCAUUAUAGAAAUACAGAAAGUAGCAUUUAUAGCUGUUAAGUCGACAGCAAACAUGCUGUUGGUGUUAUGUCUGUGAGUGCAAAGAUAUUUUAUUUUUGAAGUAUUUUUUAACAGAUGGCGUUGUACUACUAGUGCAUUUUUGCAGUUCAAGCCUAUUUUUCACUGACAAUGUAGAAAAAGAGCAAAUCACUGUUGAACUAUAUUUCAGUCUGUUUCCAAGUACUCCCCAACAUACAGUCUGUCUCUAGUCUUAUUCUAUCUAUAGUAUAUGUUAAAAUGUCUUCCAAAUUAUUUGUCAAAGACUAGUUUUCUUCGUCUCUAUGUGCGACCUCGCCAUCAUAUAAGUGAGUAAGAGCACGAUUAAAUUCACAGCUCACACUGAAACUCAACAUUGCUUUAUUUACCUUCCAGCAGUGUCAGAAAAGAGCUCUUCAAUUUAUGAUACCAUCCGAUUGAAGCGAACGUAAACAAAAAAAACGUUUUCCUGUAAGCACUUAGCUUUUGGAGCACUUCCGCUUUAAAACGUCAAGUCCACUUGGUCAAAAUACCUCAUGGUUCAAUAUGGCACGGCUAUAUAGGGUUCCCAAAAUAAAAGCGAGGCACUCUUGAGACAACAUUUGCCCGCUUUGCUUUAUUGUGCACAGGAGAGAUGUAUGUUUAUUUGAUUGCGGGGUGGGUGUACAAUUAGUUAGUUAGUGUAUUUAAUACUUGAUAUUUGUAGAGACUUAGGCAAUCCAUGCAACAUGAUAGCAAAGCUCAGAUAGUAUCAGUAUCAGUAAAAAACCACAAGUGAUAAACCUAUUUCCUCCAUUUUUACUUUUUACUUCAUUUUAAAUGUACAACUUUUCAUCAGUUCUCACUGAUCUAGUAUUGUCGUGCGUAAAUGUGUUGUCUCAUAUUGAAUGUCUUCAUAGUACUGUAUGUGAUGUCUAUUUAAAGGCAGUUUUUAGAGAUGCUGUCAGAUCAGUUUUGCUGUGUUAAGUUUGAAUACAAGUCCAUACUUGAAAGCACACAAUCAGAUAUGUGAAAUAACAAAGAACGACAAUUGAAGAUAACUAAUAUACUACUCGUUGUUUUAUACAUUUUCCCUUGUUUUAGAAUGUAACCCAAUGGAGACCUUUCCACACCACAAUUUAAUGUCGCCUUACUGUGAGUUGAUAUGCAGUCUGAAAACGGGUAAAGUAUGUAAGUGCUUGUUUGUGAGGAAAAUGUGAUCGCAGAUGGUUGGCAACAUGGCCAGUGACAUGCGGCAAAUGCACUUUGGUAUAUGGCAACUAGUCUAAGCGACUAAUGAUUGUAGCUGAUGCUGAGCGAACUCAGUUAAAUGCACUUUGAGAGAGGACGAUGAAAGAUGCAGGGUUGAUAUUUCAUUAACAUGAAAAUAUAUACAAAAGCUUCUCUUGUAAGUAGUUACCAAUAUGUGAUACUUUCUUCUUUCCCCUAGGAUAGCCUUGACCUUUUUUGUCAGUUACACAUCCAUGCUUAUUUUCCUAUGCAACCCUUUUUGUGUGGUGUGUUCCGCUAUGUCUUAACCUGAACUGUUAGCUAUGAAUGUUUGCAUGCAUGGACAACUGAAACAUUUGUCUGUUUAACCAUAGAAACACUAUUUUAUUAAAAUCAAUGCUCAAUUUUGAAAAAAA